AACCAGUAUGUCGACAACCACCACCGCAACACAUCCAAGCAUCCUCUUGGUGGGCGAUUCCAUCACUCAACUCGCAUGCGACCCCAUGCAGAACGGCUUCCAAAGCCUCCUUGAACGCGACUACAUUCGCCGCCUCGAUGUGGUCAACCGUGGACUCAGUGGCUACAACACGAGGUGGACGUUGGAUGUCCUGCCAGCGAUCUUGCAGGACGCGUAUGCACACCGCGCGGCUCCCCUUCUUGUGACCGUCUUCCUUGGUGCCAACGAUGCCGCCCCGCCAGGCUCGACUCAACAUGUUCCCCUACCCGAGUUCCAAGCCAAUCUCCGAGCACUCGUGGAGCUUCUUCGUCAGUGGUUCCCCUCGUCAAAGGUGCUUCUGCUGACUCCCCCUCCUAUCUCCGACACCAGAACCUGCGGCCGUCGUAAUGACCUCGCGCGAACGUACGCUGCCGCCAGCGUUGCCGUGGGAACCGCGCUGGACAUUCCUGUUGUGGACCUAUGGACACUCCUGCAAGAAGACCGAGACUCGUACUUGGUCGAUGGACUUCACUUGAAUGCCAAGGGCAACAUGGCGGUGUACAACUCACUGACGCAGCACAUUGCCAGCCUGUGGCCCCACCUUUCCCCCGACAACCUGCCCUUUGUGUACCUUCCUUGGGCAUCAAAUGUCCAAUCCAGCUAGAUUUUAGAUCUCACGCGUAAUUCACCAGUAUUUGCUAAUGAAACGGUAA